GUACAAUUGACAAUGAUACCCCUCUUUCCUGUUCGUGAUACGUUUCACUCAAAAUGCGAAUAACGCCUAGAAUAAUCGCCAGAUCAUUGGCAACUCCCAUAUCUCCAAAGAAUGCCAGAUUCCCACGUCUGUCGAGACAACGACCUUACUCCACCCAUCCUCCCGCCGCCCGCCUGAAUAUCCCCACCGACUUCUCCACAACCCCAUUGCUAGCUCAUAGCUCUCAAUCUGCCCUGCAGAACACAGAGCUUGAUGCUGAGGUUCGGAAUGGCACGACGAAGCGUAUGAACCUCUUUCAAUCAAUCAAUGAUGCCCUCUCCAUCGCCCUUGCUGCGGAUGAAUCGGUCAUAUUGUUUGGUGAAGAUGUUGCUUUUGGAGGAGUUUUUCGAUGUAGUAUGGGACUCGCAGAAAACUAUGGAUCCGAGAGAGUCUUUAAUACACCUCUCAGUGAACAAGGCAUUGUUGGAUUCGGCAUUGGUGCUGCUGCAGAAGGCAUGAAAGCAGUUGCUGAAAUACAGUUUGCAGAUUAUAUAUAUCCUGCAUUCGAUCAACUGGUCAACGAAGCCGCCAAGUUUAGGUACAGAGAUGGUAAUGAAGGAAGACAUGUUGGAGGCUUGACAGUGAGAAUGCCUUGCGGUGGAGUGGGUCAUGGAGCAUUGUACCAUUCCCAAUCACCAGAGAGUCUGUUUUCACAUAUUCCUGGUUUAAGAGUCAUCAUGCCAAGAUCUCCCAUACAAGCCAAAGGACUGUUACUUUCAGCAAUUGCAAGUAACGAUCCAUGCAUUUUCAUGGAACCAAAAGCCUUGUACAGAGCUGCGGUCGAGCAGGUUCCCACUGGCUCCUACACUCUACCACUUUCGAAAGCCGAAGUCUUGAAGGAAGGAUCAGACUUAACUAUUGUUUCUUAUGGACAUCCUCUUUACACAUGUAGUGCCGCGAUUGAGAAGGCAGAGAAGGACCUUGGCAUCAGCAUCGAGUUGAUAGAUCUCAGAACGGUUUAUCCUUGGGAUAAAGAGUGUGUCUUAGCCAGUGUAAGGAAGACUGGUCGAUGUAUGGUUGUGCACGAAAGUAUGAUAAAUGCUGGUAUCGGUGCCGAAGUUGCUGCAAGCAUACAGGAAGACAAGGAGACAUUUCUGCGGCUCGAGGCUCCUGUCAUCAGAGUUGCUGGGUGGAGUGUUCACAUGGCUUUGAUGUUCGAGCGAUUCAAUAUCCCCGAUGUUGCUAGAGUGUACGAUACCAUAAAACGGACAGUAGAGUAUUGAGCAUUUUCGCUGUGAGGGCAUGCAUCCUAGAAGAUAUUCUCACGAAAUCUAUUUGCAUAUGGUGACGGUUGGAGAAAGUGCCAUUUUAAAGGAGGAUAUGACUACAGGAACAAGAAUGAUUGAUGAUAAAAUAGAAUGAAAGGCAUGAAAGUAUAUGACAUUGGUCCUAGAAGC